UGAGCGCCGUCCGGUCGUAUGUUUUCGGGUUCUGGCUCGGCUCCCGCUCUGGGAGUCUUCUGUGGCCCCGCGGCCAUUUUAGGGGCUCGAGGAGGCCUUUGGCCCUGCGCGGCGGUUCUCCCGAAGGAGGCUCAGCUAUGACGGCGGCCGGGAAACUGAGCUCGGUGCCCGAAGUAGAGAUAGACCCGGACGGCGCCUUCAAGUACAUUCUCGUGCGAGUGCAGCACGGCGCCGACCAGCACCGCGAUAUCGUCAGGGGCACCGCUGUCGCCGAGUUCCACAGUGAGGGGAGGGCGACGCUUGGGCUGGAUCACAUAUUUGAAAGAGUAAAUCCUGAAAUGGAGAAGCUGGGUUUUGUAUGCAAGUGCCUUGGAGGAGGAAAAAUUGAGCAUAAUAGUAAAGACAAGAAAAUCCGUGUAUUUGGUCUUUCUACAGGAUAUGGUAAAGCUGAUCAUGCCGUGACAGUGGAACUACUGAAGAAAACCUAUAAGGACUAUGAAAUUAAUUGGUCAGAUGACAAAAAGUGAAUUGCUGCUGCUGUGUGUUUUAAAGUCCACCCUUUUUCUUUUCAGCAUAAUAUGGACUUCUGUCACAACGUACAAUCAAGUGUAUUUCGUUUUUGCUGAAUAAAAAGCUUGAAUGUGAAGCUCUUUGCAAUUCAAAUAAUAUACUCGUGCUAUUUGAGAUUUAAUUUCUGCCCUUUGACUUUUUGCUUUUCAAAUCUAAAUCUCUUAGCUUCUCCUGAGGAUAGGGUUUUCAAAGCAGGGUUGCCAACUGGCCUGAAGAAAAUGUGUAGAAAUGGGCAGCUGAGGCUUUUCAUGGCAUGGAAAUAACAUCUCAUUAAGCCUCUAUUAAAAGGACAGGACAUUUUUUCCCUCCAUGCUAGUUGGUAAUACUAUCUACAGGGUGGGCUGAUGCAUAUGUCUACUGGAAAUAUUAGCAUAUCUUUUGCUUUUUUAUAUACACACCCUUGAAGAAAGCACUGGUGUUUCACUGCUCAUGAAUUCUGGGUAAAUGCCCUGGAGUGUUUUAGGAGAGCCAGAUGCAUGUGGUUCUUCAACCUAUUCUGAUUUGCUGGCAGGUACAUUCCAGACUGAUCUAAUCAUCCUGUGGGUAGAUUAUGCCUCUUUUCUUUGGGAAUCAUAGUGCAGUUGAGAGCCCAGAAAGGUGAUGUCUGGGUAUGUUCUUAGUUAAUAUCUAGCUGUCACUAGAAUGACAGCUAAGUUUUGCGCCCAGGUGAUUGCACAACAAAACAGACCAUCAAAUACUGGAAUGGCCACAAGGGAGUCCCCUCACCCUGAUUAAGUUUUAAAGACUUCUGCCUAAUACCGCUUUUAUAUUGGGAAUACAGUGAAACAAAAUUCUUUCAGGAUUUUGUUAAGCUUACCUCUAUGUUGAUGUAUUAGGAUAUGUGUUUGGAUAUUUUAUUUGAAGUAUAUGAAUUUUAAACAAUGUAUUUUAUCUUGUUUUAUGCUUCGAUUUUAUUAUGUAUAGCUGGUCUAAGGACCGUUACAAUAAAAUACAUACAUACAUA